AUGGCAUGCAGUGGUCGUGCGCCUCUUCCUCGGGGAGACCAACUCAUUUUGGUCUUAGUCGGCAGAACUGGAGCGGGUAAGAGUGCCACUGGAAAUACAAUUCUUGGCAGACAGCAGUUUCGUUCAUCUCGCUCCACAGUGUCGAAAACACGCCUCAACGCCUGGGCGAAGUGUACUACCCAAGACCGCAGCAUCGUUGUAAUCGAUACACCAGGUUCUUUCGACACACGUGAGCACAUUACACCAACGAUGUUAGCAACAGAAACAGCUACAUGUAUGAGCAUCGCCUUGAGUCAGGGUAAUGGCUUGGAUGCGAUUAUACUUACGUUGAAUGCCGAUGAACGAUUGACCGAAGAACAUUUGAACAGUGUUAAAUUUCUGCGCGCUCUGUUUGGUGAAGAUAUGAUGAAACACGUUGUAGUGUUAUUCACUAGAAAAGACCAACUUGAAGCAGACGACGUAACUCUUACAGAGCUACUGGAUGAUGUACCCGCAUACAUGAAAUCGAUUUUACGUGAAUGCAACAAUCGAGCUAUAGCAUUUGAUAACAAGUCGAAAGACCCAACAGUUAUACAGCAACAACGAGAUGAGCUGAUAAUGAUGAUAGAUGAAAUGAAACAACGAAAUGGAAACAAGCCUUUCAAUAACGACCUAACUCAGAGAAUAAAACAAGCAGUAGAUUCAGAUAAAAUCCGGUACGAGCAACACGGUGGUGUUGACAAACAAAGCGAUGAAAUUGCAAAAGGGGAAAAUAACGAACUCCUCGACACUGUUUUAAAUAUUUUAGUUGAUAUUGUCACAGAAAUAGCGAAGAAUUUUGUUCAGUAUAUGCUCGAGUGCGACUCGGACUGA